GAGAGACGUUUUUUUUUUAUUUUAAGGAAUUUGUUUAAAUUAAAACUAUCCCAGCGAAACGAAGGAGAAAUACGACCUAGUAUUUAACCGGCGUGUUUGUCAACAAGUGAAAUUAUAUUUUAAUAAGCGAGUUAAAUUUUAAUAAACAGCGGCGCAGGGGAAUGUUUACGAUGCGACUCCUCACCGGAAGUAGAAAAGUCUUCUGUUUACAAAGAGACCAGGGAGCGAAAAAAAAAAUAAAAUCUUUUUUUUUUUUCAUAAAUUACUUUAAAUGUUUUUUUGUUUGUUUGUUUUUAAACCGGCAUGAUGAUUGCCGCGUUUAGAUUUAUUGCAAGCGUUUGUUGAGUUAGGAGGCUUAGGAAAACGCAGAGGUCAGAGGUGCUUAAGAGAAGCCUCCUUGUCUUGGUUUGCGCCUGUGUGCGUCGACAAGGCAAGCAUCAGAGAUGGAACCUGCCUGCAUCAAAACAGAACCACUUGAACUUGAACCCGUGGGUCUUAAACAGGAGCCAGGACCUGUCCACACCGAAGAGGACCUUCGGGACACCGUCCUCCUCAAAGAGGAAGCACUCCGAGUUGUCCACGUCAAAGUGGAACCCGCGGAACUGGAUCCUGUCCACGUGGAAGAGGACCCUUUGGAACCAGAAACUGCCCACGUCAAAACUGAACCAGCACCCGAGGACGUGUCUGAAGUGGAUCCUGCAGAGACUGUUGCGGAGAGUAUAAACGAGCUGGGGCUGAUCCUUGUUAAAGAGGAGGCACACGAACCCUCUCCACCCCUGCUGCCUCAGACUUCAUCCUCCAGCCCGCUGCCCAAGCGCCCGGGCGGGCUGUUCCAGUGCAGUGAAUGCGACAAGAGCUACGUCGACGGCAGGAAGCUGAAACGCCACCGGCUGGUCCACGCGGACAAGCCUCACGGCUGCCCGGUGUGCGGCCGGCGAUUCGCUCGGGCGGCCAACCUCUCCAGGCACAGGGAGAGCCACUCCGAGGAGAAGCGCUUCGCCUGCGCGAAGACCCGCCCGGAGUCCCACGCCGGGGGGGAGCCAUACGACUGCCCCGAGUGCGGCAAGCGCUUCUGCUACCUGCGCAAUCUCAGAGCCCACCAGCGGAUCCACACGGGGAGAAAGCCGUACCUCUGCACAGACUGUGGGAAGAGCUUCAAUCACUUGGGGACGCUGAAGUCCCACCAGCGUGUCCACACGGGAUCGAAGCCCUACGCUUGCAAAGAGUGCGGGAAGAGCUUCAAGCAGCUGGGGCACCUGAACACGCACGGGCUCCUUCACACGGGGGAAAAGCCCCACUCUUGCGAAGAGUGCGGGAAGAGCUUCAAGCACACGGGCACCUUGGAGUCGCACCGGCGCCUUCACACCGGGGAGAAGCCUUUCCUUUGCAGCCUCUGCGGGAAGAGAUUCAGGCACGUGCACAGCUUCAAAAAGCACCAGCGUUUUCACACGGGGGAGAAGCUGUACCACUGUGACGGCUGCAGCAAGACUUUCACCUCGACGGUGAAGCUGAAAAGCCACCAGUGCAGCUUCUGAGAAUCGACGGGCGCGGGGCAGGGCCAGAACCAUCCGUAAAGUGGAAUGAAAGCUUGGUGAAUAAUGUUAACAUCUUGAAUAGCAUAUGUGGUUUUCCAGAUACUUAACAGGGGAGGAAAAAUACUUUUUUUUAAGUGAACAUGAAAUACUUACUGGACUUCCUUUGACUACAUCACAAUGUUAAAUAAAAUAUCUAAAUUAUAUAUAUAUAUAUAUCUAUCUGAUCUUCAGCAACGUCAGUUUAUUAUUGAACAUGUGUGGUUUUUCAUCUUCCAUGAAAAGGGUUUAUAAAAAUGUUAGGGUUGGGUUAUUAGAGACAUCUUUUCUCUGCAAGUGACAGCCUUUCUCUGAUAAUGAACCGCAGGUAGACUUAAAAUUCUGCGCAGGUCUUUCGACUUGUGUUCUGUGUCAUUUUUAUGGUCCAGUUGAAAUACUGAUGCUCGGUGGUUACUAUGGCCAAAAUCACAUUGAUCAACACUGCGUGUGAAAACAGGGAGUCUCAUCUUGUGAUUAGUAAAUAGCUUU